UGUUAACCGAAGUUUAAUGACAUUCGCGGCUCUAGUUCGCUUACAGAUCCAAGGGCAAAGGGUUGUUGCCCUUUACCUUAACAAGAGGCACAUAAUACUCCAUUAACUCCAAUUCACUUUGACAUCGCAUAGAACCUAGUCAUAAUAAACUUAUUUAUAGUUUUACCUAUAAAUAAUUAUUAGAAAUUCUCUUUGAGUAGAUUAUAUGUGACAUCUCACUCGCGUGGGGUAUGAAUAUUAAUAAGGUACCCCUAUAUAACGCCCGUCGGGAGACUCAGGUGGCAUUAGUGUGUAACUAUUUAGUUCAUGAUGCAGGCUGUUCUGCUGCUAGUAGUGUUGAGUGUGGUGGGUCAGUCGGUUCAGCAGGAAACGGCUGAACUUCAGCAGCUAUGCGGCCACAAGCUGGCGGAAACGGUCGCUAGGCUGUGCGAGGCCGAAAGGGCAAGGAAGCUUGGCCUAUACUUGACGUCUCCCAAAAGAUCCCGUUACACACUUCUGCCGCACUACGCGCCCUACUGGCUGGAGGCAGAAGACGCGCUUCGCCUCGGCCGAGGCAAGCGCGGAGGCAUCGUGGAGGAAUGCUGCAAGAAGGCAUGCACCGUGGAUGAGCUGCUGGGCUACUGUCCCCCGCUGUGAUGUCUUAGUGUAAAAGAUUUUGAUUUUUACGUAACGAUUUUUUGCUGAUUGUUAAACUGUUACUCUGGAUAGUUCGACGGCGGUAGAAUAGUAAAGCCUGUCCAGCCCAAGGGCCUUAGUAUUUGAACAGGAGUAUACUAAAUUUACUUACGAGUUGUCGCGCCCUUGAUAUGACCCUAGUGUGAAGGCUAUUC